CCCUUUUUAAUUCAAUAAAAUGUGUUCUCCAUGCGGACCGGGAUGUGGACCCUGCGACCCCUGCUGUGGGCCCUUCGAGUGCUCGCCCAAGUGCUACAACUCUGCACAACUGGAAGCCUUGCCGCAAUGUGCCCCGCGCAUUCCACCCCCCUUCCCCAAGUGCAUCACCGUGCAGCAGCCACCUCGCAUGAUCUGCAAGAAGCGGGUCGUCUUCACCGAGAAGAUCGUGCCCGAACCGAUGGUCGUUAACCGAUGCCGGCAGAUCACAAUCCCAAAAGUCGUGGAUGCCACGCGCGUCAUCAAGGUGCCGAAGCUGAUUUGGGUCUCCCAGAUGGUGCGGGAGCCACGCGUCAUCUACUACCCGUCGAUGAUACCGGACCCGUACGUCGUCUGCUACCCGAAGCGGGUCUGCGAGCCGAGGGAGGUCUGCCAGUCGAUCCUUUGCCAGCCGAAGCCGCAGACGAUCGACAUCCCUCCUCCGAGGGAGUACUGCUGCUACCCGAACGGACCCAUCAACUACAAGCCGAGUUCCGCCUGUCCGCCGUGCCCCAUUGGACCCUGUGCCCCGGGCGGAGCCUGCUGCCCCUUGCCGUGCUUCUCCACCAACCAGUAUCCCGUUGCCGAAGGUCGCUGUGGUCCUUGCGGGCCCUGUGGACCAGGAUGUGGACCCUGCGGACCGUGUGGUCCUCGUGGUUGCGGACCCUGUGGCCCAGGAGGUUGUGGGCCGUGUGGUCCGGGCUGCGGACCGUGUGGGCCACGUUGUGGUCCCUGCGGGCCAUGCGGCGUGCCGAAUUGCGGACCCUGCGGUCUAACCAUGCCUUCGGGACCCUUUAUACCGGCCCCCUGUGGUCCUUGCGGAACGGGCGGCUGUGGUCUGAACGGCCCCUGUGGACCAUGUGGUCCUUGUGGACCCUGCUCGCCGCCAUGUCCUUACGAAUCGCCCGAGUGUGGACCCUGCUACCCGUGCGCCCCCACUCCUUGGAACACACAUUGUGGACCGGUCGGACCGUGCGGUCCCCAAGUGCCCUGCGGUCCUUGCGGUCCAUGCUAAGCCGCCAAAGAACCCUGGAGUACACGUUGUCGCCCUGGAGUGCCCUGUGGUCCUUGUUAAUCGGCUCAACAUGGCUCUCAAACUGAUGACUGCAACCGUUUGGGGAGUCCUGCUACAACAUUUUCCAAGUCUACUUCCAAGUAUAUUUGCAUUGUCAAAAACUGCUUCAAAACGCAAGGGCUGUAAAAUAAAAAAAGAACCUUUUAGCGGAA